CCACCGUGCACUUCUUCGCCCCUCCUCUCAGUUACGGGUUCACCUACUCUCUUCACCCCAUGCAGGAAAUUAGCUCAAGGGGCUGUCUAGGUAUUGCGGUAAGUCCACCGUUAAUGUUACAAGGAAAAACACAGGGCAAAAAGGAAUCUGUCUUUGGGUGUCGCAAAAGUUAGGGCCGCUAUUGUGUAUCACAGUAUUAUUGUUUUGUGGGGUAUGAGUUUAUGGCGGUGUAUAGUGGGGGUUCUUCGCCAUCCACUGCUGCUCAUGCUACAGUACUGUUUGGAUAUAUAUAAGAGAUAACCUUUCCUGUCCAUCCCAUUUCAGGCUUCGGUGAGGGAAGAGAAAGAAAGGAAGAAAGGAAGAAGACGAGAAACAGCAGCGAGAUAUAUUCCAUCCAGGUGAGAACGGGAGAGCCAGGAUCAAUAAGUCUACUAGAUUAGACCGGCCCGGGCUUUUGGUACUAUUAUACAGGACGGGAGCCACCCUUCUUCCCUCGAGCGCCGUACCGGUAUCCACUUUCGGCUGCGAGCCAGCUGGGCAUUUCAUUCGAUAAGUCGUUGGAGAAGGAGGGAACAAUAAGAAUCACCCUCACCCUCUCUCCCGCAGGAACGAACUCGAGCUGGAAGUCACGCCGUCCCGCCCCACAAUACCAUCACUAUUCCUAGCAAUAACCUUUUUUUCGCUUAUUCCAUUUCCUCUUGAAUCCCCAGCCCGGGGAUAUGGGAAAAAAAUAGGCAAGAAAUAGCUCCGAGAUCGAUACGCUCCGGUUUCCAGUGCAGCCCAUUCAAGGUGUCGUGUUGGACCCUGAGGUAUAUAGAGAUCACGAAUACGAAGGGGGAAGGCAGAGAGGGACUGAUUUCGGGCCCAUCUUACACCCCCAUAGACGGAGGAUUACGACAACCCAAAAAAAAUAAAAAAAAUAAAUAAAAAGAGCUUCUAACAGAUUCUCCCUCACAAAUCAUAUCAUACCCUCCCAUCAAUCGCCAUCCAUACACACGCACUUCUUGCACUCACUCACCCACUCGCCCCUCACCCACUCAGACGCACGCCUCCCUCUGCCUCGAAGGGGCCAAAAUAAAAAUAAGAAAAAUAAAUAAAAGUGCUUUGGACUCGACCCCCCUACUCUAUUCUUUCCUCCCUUGCUUAUACGCCUACCCCCCCUCUCCCUGUUCAUCCAGCCAUUGCCUACCUUUGUUUUUAUUUAUUAUAAAAAGGUAUGGACAGUUCUCUUGGUGCGCAAGCGGGUCUCCGUUCGUUCUUGCCUACCUACAUUCCGACUACCCGGGAGCAACGAGACCGCAUCAUGUCCGCCGGCAAUAAUAUUCAUCCGAAUCCCGUGCACCCACAAUAUCUACAGCCUCGGCAGCAACAUACAAGUUUCCCCGGAUCCCCACAUCACUCUGGUCAUCAUAGCGGCGGAACAUCACCAUAUAGCUCGACAUUCCCAAUGAACAGUAUGAAUCCGAGCCUCCCGGCACCGGCCUCUUAUGCCCAGAGUUUACCCUCCAGGGCCUCUUCACAUCCUGCCCCUAGCUCCAAUUCUCAGCAGCAACAGCAGCAGCAGCAGCAGCAACAGCAGCAGGGUGGUUAUCUCGACCCCGCUGCCUAUCUUACUAUGGGGGGUGUAAUGGGUAUGGACAUGGACCCGAUCCCCAUGGGGAGUAAUAUGGAUAUGGAUUUAAGUAUUCUUUCCGCAGAAGAACAUGGAGAUCUUAGGGUUUUGCACGAACGAGGGAGAGCCCGGGAUCGCAUGCAUGCUGAGCGACUCCAUUCAAUGCCGCAUCCCGAUGGCCCUGAUGGUGCCGGCCGGGGAAGGGGUGCCGGUGGCGGACGAAGGAAGCGCUCCGGGAGUGACGACAGUGUGCAUGAAUCCGUUGGCGUCGCCAGAGGGACGAAUACCGGUAACCGGAAGCAGAGAGGCAGGCCACGGCUGGACACUAAAGAUGAGAACGCUGCAGAUCGUCGACGAACCCAAAUCAGACUUGCCCAGAGAGCCUACAGAUUACGGAAGGAGACAACAAUUUCCUCGCUGAGGAACAGGGUAACCGAAUUGGAAACGGCGAUUGACGGAAUGCAAAGCACUUUCCUGGAGCUCCACGAGUCGGCCAUGAAGUGCUUGAGCAAGAGUAAUGAUGCCCAAACUCUUGGCUACGGAACAAACCUCAAGGAACUUACCGAGAGGUUCCUGAGCUUGGCGAAGGGAGCUCUAGGCAGCUCCGAAGGAGCGGAUUCCCACGACGACGACGAAGGCGAAGAUGAGAAUAACGGCGAGGACCACUCCGGCGUGGGGGUGAAGCGGCGGCGGAGCAGGGACGAAGACGGAGGUCCUGGCUCGGGGCGGAUGCAAACGAACGGCCCAAAUGGAGUGGCCAAUUACGGGGGGUACGAAGUCAGUUAUACUAGGCAGAACAACUCUCGAGAUUCCUUCAAUAAUAGCAAUGGCACUCAAAGCCGGAGUAAUGGCAACGGGAACGGAAGGAGCGAGGCCACGACGGGUCACAUGGACUCGUCUCCAACGUCGAACCCCUACAGCGACGCGUAUGUCUCUAGUUCCCCGGAGAGCGGGUAUGCCAACUACGUCCAGCCUAACGGUGACUCUUUGCAAGCGGCCUCUCAGUUCCGCCAGGAGGGGCCUCUCAUUUAUGAGGGUUUCACGUACUCGUUUCACGAGACUAGCUUCUCCCGAAGGCUGCACCGCGCUGCCCUUGAGCAUGCCCAUUACAUGCUCACAUCACCAGACGCCGACCCACAGGAGGUUGCGCGCAUGUUCGCAUACACAUUCUGCUACCUUUCCAAAGCCGAUGUAAUCCGGGUUGUCAACCGGCUUCUCAGCGCUACCACCAAAGAGAGCCUGCACGUCCGAGACUACCCAGAGAUCCUGCCAAAAAGUAUCCGCCCCGAGAUUGUGGAGGCCUACCUCUGCACUCCAGACACAUCGGUAUUCACCAGCGGCCUAACAGACGACGAUAUGAAGGACUUUGACCUCCGCCUGGAAGCCAAAAAGAUGAUGCUAAAAAUGGGCCUCGACCAGAAGUUCCUACGCCCCGACGAGGUGGAAAAGUACAUCACAGAGCUAGGGAUAUUGACCUCCAGCCAACAACAACAAUCCCAUCUCAUCGACCCAAGCCUCGCGGAAACCAGUAAACCCCGUUCCUCCUCCCAACAGCAGUCAAAACAAAUACUAGAAGUACCAGAAGGCUCAACGGACUGCCUGACAGCAAACAGGAUGACCACGCCCUCCUACCUCAUCCACCCCGCUGCUGCCCCCUCUCCCUCUCCCUCUCCCUCGGCGAAUUCCAGAGAAUCCCGAUCUCCAUCCUCCUCUCCGCACCUCACCCUUGAGAAGAAACUCCGGCUCUUCGACACCCACUCUCCACCCACCGCCCGCGACGAGCUGGACACGCCCACGUCUACCAACAUUCUCGAGGGCGUCAAGAAGACCAUUGACAUAGACGUGUUUGUGAACCAGCUGGUCAAGAAGGGGGUAUGUCUGGGCAGGUUUCCGGGGUUCAAGAAGUGUGAUGUUGAGGAGGCGAUUAGGGCUGCUGGGUUCCGCGCAGGGGUUUAUUGAAGGAUUUGUUAUUAUCUCCAUUCCGUUUUUUCUUUUUUCUCUUUUUGCCGUUGCGGUUGGCUUGUGUUUUUGUUAUAGGGAGUACGGCGUCGGCUCACGUCAUUAAAAAUCUUUUCAUACUAUAUUUUUCGGUUAAUUCAUUAUUGCUAUUGUCACUUUGCUA